CUGUCCAAGGUUUUCGUCAUCGAAGGGGCACCGCCGGCCAUUACACAUCCUAUCUGUACUGACGCUCCCACAGAGGCCACGCCCCCUCGUGCAACAAUGGCAUCCGCGUCCACAACGAUGACUGUAACUCCCCGUGAGGAGAAGGUCGCGGUGGUUGAACGUCGGGGGCAGAACACGCAAUAUGCGUUGAAAUUCGCAGGCGCCGCAUUUGCCAACAUGGCGUCGUCUGCGAUAUGCAAUCCUACUGACAUUAUCAAGGUCCGGCAACAGCUUCGGACUCAAGCUCCGGGAGGUCGCGCGAAUGCGUUCUGGUCGGUGGGCGUGGAGAUGGCUCGGAAAGAGGGCAUUCGCAGCCUUGGAGGCGGGAUGUCAGCAAGCAUGCUCCGAGAAGUCGUCUACUCCGGCAUUCGCAUGGGCACCUACGAGCUGUUCAAGGACAAAUUGCAUGACGCGAGCAGGGGCGCGCUGUCCAAGGAGGGCUUGCCGUUGAAGAUCAUGUCUGCGUCCAUCGCAGCGACGAUAGGCAGCGCCCUCGCCAACCCCGCAGACCUCGUGAAAGGCCCGUCAUCUCCGUUGUUGAAUACGCUCCGCAUGCAGGCCUACUAUCCGAACGGCAGUCCCUACCGGAACAUGCGACACGCGUUCGCAACCAUAUACCAAGACGGCGCGCAAGCAGCGGUGGCCACUAGGAUAUCGCCUGGUACUGGUGGUCUGCGCGCGCUGUAUCGCGGGGUGUGGCCGACCACGGUGCGAGGCAUCGUGCUGUCCGCGACGCAGAUAUGCUCGUAUGACCAGAUCAAGCAGUCCCUGAAGAGGCGUGGGAUCAUGCAAGAGGGCGUCCCGCUCCACUUCGUGGCAAGCACGUUUGCUGGCUUCUUCUGUUCGGUCACCUCGAAUCCGGUCGAUGUUGUCAAGGUGAGGCUGAUGAACGACAAGAAUCACGAGUUCAAGGGCGCGUUGGACUGUGUCCGGCAAAUCACGGCGAAGGAGGGCUUGUUCGGAUUCUACAAGGGAUUUGGCAUGUGCUGGGCCAGAUUCUCGGGCCGGGAAGGGAUCUUCGACCCGAACGACACACGACGCGUAAGGCAUACCAAGAUCGGCGUAUGGGACCUAUACGAGGAACGCGAGCCGAAGCUCUCCCGCAUCCCGGGCUCUGUGAAGCUGGAAAGGUAUCUAGAGCUGCUCGAAGGGCUGCCGUAUGUCUGGCGGAUGAUCAAGGACGUGAUAAACAUCCCGACAUGCGCGUUCUUGCUCUUCAUCUAUGCUCUUGUCGAGCUUGGACAAGCUAUUUUCCCGGCAGCAGGUCUUUGGUACCAAGGGCAGCUUUUGGACAUUAUGCAAGUUGCGAUCGAUACUCGCACUAUCGACAAAGACCGUCUUGUCCAGAUCUCCGCAGGGCGUAUAGCCUGUAGCUUGGGGUUGCGUCUUAUGUUGGUAAUCAAGUUCCGCAUCGAAGAACCUUUGAUCGCUCGGAUCCGCCGGUACUAUGGCGUCCGCCUGUUCCACGCACGCGCGCGGCUGGAUGUUCCGACUUACGAGACGACGAGCGUACAGCGCCAACUUGAUGAGGUAUCCUCUGAGGCCUUCGGGCGUACGGUCGCGUUCGAAACAUUGCAGAAGGCAGCCACGUUCCUGCGGGCCGGCUUCCAGCUGACGGCCCAGGCGUUCGUUCUACUACAAGUCUUACGUGGACAGAGAGACGGAAUACUCCUUUGUGCUCUCACGCUGUCCUCGCAGGGGGCACAAUGGGUGUCCGCGAUCAACGCUUUCCAGAUGGCCCGAGUGUGGGCUGCGACCACAACGAAUGAAGACUACGUUCGGAUGGAGGGCUGGAGGCGCGUCAUAGGCGACCCCUCACACAGGAAGGAAGUCGUAGCGGGAAAUCUGGCCGAAUAUGCAUCUGCAGAGUUCAAGAAAGCCUCGGACCAAGUAGGGGACCGAGCGGCCGAUUUCAGGGAAUGGCUGCGAAGGCAACCUAUGCGACGGCACUUCGGCUUCUGGAGCAUCCUUGAGGACCCACUGCGCCAAAUUCCACAGUUCGUCUUCACGUUGCGUGCAAUCCAGUACCCAGCGAAUAUGCCCGUUUCGCUCGCUUCUCUUCACCUGAUCCAAGAGUCUACGAUGAGCUUCAUUAGCAACAUGCAUGACCUCCUGAACUCGACCUCGUCUGUGAGCGAUCAGCUGGCUGCCGUGCGCAAGUUGUACGAAGUGGACAAGAUCAAGAACAAGAUCGCAGAUGGGACCGUCCCAUUUCCGGAGGACGCUUCGCAAAUCAAAUAUGGCAUCUCCUUGGAAUUCAGGAAUGUCUCUUUCAAAUUUCCAGGGGCCGACAAGCAUGCAUUGCGUAAUGUUUCUUUUGCGCUAUCCCCCGGGCAGCUCUGCGUUAUUGUCGGCGUGAACGGUUCCGGGAAGAGCACGAUCCUGAAGCUCAUCGCGCGGCUGUACGACCCUGUCGAAGGGCAAAUUCUAGUUGGCGGACACGACAUCCGGACACUGAGGCUGCACGAUCUCCGUCAGGCCAUUUCAGUCCUUUUCCAGGACUUUACCCAUUUCCCGCUAUCGAUACGUGACAAUAUCGCGGUAGGCGAUCCUUCUGCUGCUACGGACGAGGACCACAUUCGCCUCGCAGCACGCCUCGGAGGCGUAGAGGAGUUCAUCGAGAAGCUCCCAGAAGGAUUCGACACCUACCUGGAUCGACCCGUACGCGAUUACCACGCCGGAUUGCCAGAAGGCACGAAGACGCUGUUCGGUCGUAAUGUGGACUAUAGCGCCAUUCGGAAUGCAGGGGGUCUGAAGUCCUCGAGCACGUCUGCGCUCAGUGGAGGCCAGAUGCAGAGGCUUGCUGUCGCACGGACUUUUAUGCGUUCCGUAGUGUCCGAGGAAGCCAAAGUUGGUCUGUUGCUUUUCGACGAGCCGAGCGCCUCUCUCGACCCUUUGGCCGAACAUGACCUCUUUGAUCGGCUGCGCGAUUUGCGCGGAAGCAAGACAAUGCUCUUCUCGUCUCAUCGAUUCGGGAACCUCACUCGUCAUGCGGACUUGAUCUUGUAUAUGAAUGACACAGUGGUCAUCGAAUCUGGAACCCACGAGGAGCUGUUGAAGCAAGGGGGAGAGUAUGCGAAAAUAUGGAACCUGCAAGCACAAGCCUUCAUUUAAGUCGUUAGGAUGAUCUACCCAUGAUAUACGAUCAAUAAAUGUGAAGUAUGUACACGUGGUUAUACUGGUAGCUUGGCCCGCAAUGCAGAGCGGUGAAUACACGGAGGACUGGCCCUCACGUGUGGAUCACUGUGUUAGAGCAAUUCCCGUCACUACGAAGCUAAACCUCUGAAGCUCAGUCGGUGCAGAAGGAGCAUAAACGACUCGCAACACCUACCGCAGUCCACCUGGCGCAC